CAGUCGCCAGUUCGCCGUGAGCGCUCGUGAUGCGAGGACGUUCUGUGAUUUCAUCUAGGAGCGUACCGUCGCUUUCUCACCUCGAGCUUUGAGAAGAAAGAGAGGAGAGAGAAAGAGAGAUAUAGAGAUAGAGAUAGAGAGAGAAAGAGAAAAAGAAAGAGAGAUAUAUAUGAUAUAUAUAUAUAUAUAGAGAGAGAGAGAGGAGAAAUAAAGAGAAAGAAAGAAAGAAAGAGAUAAGGAGAGGGAAUCGCGGCUCGCACCGCGUUCUGCUCACGCCUGUCAUCCUUUUUCGUGCUGCCGCUUACUUAUCGUCACUCGCGCGCGCGAUUUGGACUCUGACGAGAGGUGAAAAGACGCGCUGAUAGAGAGGGAGGACAGACAGACAGACGGAUAAACAGGAAUAUAGAGAGUGGGGAGAAAAAAGAAAAAGAAGAUUCCACGAACGCGUAAAGCGAGAAAGUGAGAGAUAGAGCUUUCCAAAGGUGAAAGAGAGAUAGAGAUAGAGAGAGAGAGAGAGAGAGAGAGAGAGAGAGAGAGAGAGAGAGAGAGAUAAAUAGAUAGAGAAAGAGAGAGAGAGAGAGAGAAAGAAAGAGAGAGCUUUUUUUAACGUGCAGCAUGUAACGAGAGGAUCGGCCUUCGACGACGAGACAUAGAGUAACCUUGUUUCUGCGUUCCAACCUACGCUCUUCUCAUGACACACACACAUAUACACAGAGAAUACAAUCACUCACUCAUACACAAAUACAAGUCUCUGCCGUAACUCCGUAAGCUUUAGAAAGGAAACACGACGAGCGGAGAGAACGCACGCCACGACAUUUUUCCGCUCGAAAUACGUAGUAUAUACGAAGUACAUACGUGCGUACGUAGUUCGAAGGUGGUGGAGGUACCGAGAGAAAGAUAGAGAGACUAGCGAGAGAGAGAGAGAGAGAAAGAGAGAGAGCGAGAAUAUAUCACGUUGGAGGAUCUCGCGGAGGAGAGAGACCAGCUGAUCGUGGAUCGCGGAUAUAUACACGUUGCUGCUCUUCGCGCCGGAUAAGUUCGCCGCGGCGUGUGUGCGUGCGCGGCUCGAUCGUGUCGUCGUCCUACGUCGGCCGCCUACUCCUUUUACUCCUCUUUCGCAGAAGAUAGAGAAAGAGACAGAGAGGGAGAGAAAGAGAGAAAGAGUGGGAGAGAAAGAGAACUUCUCAUACGCUUUUGUGACGCUACCGUGGUGGACAAUGACGGAUUCGAGCGGACAGAUAGUGCGUGUGUGUUAGUUGAGAGAUAGAGGAAAGAGAAAGAUAGAUAGAGAACACGACAGAAGAGAGAAAAGAAGAAGGGGGAGCAUAGAAAAAGAGAGAGAGAGAGAGAGAGAGAGAAAGAUAGCUAGAUAGACGGAGAACCAAGCGUCGAACUUUGCUACGUGAUAUCAACGUCAGAGUUGUGCGUGAAAGGAAGAUCGCGCGAUGCGUUAAAGUGUGCGAAAGAGAAAGAACGAGAGAGAGAAAGAGAGAGAGAGAGAGAGAGAGAGAGAGAGAGAAACGUGGUAUAAAAAGAGAGAAAAGAAGAAGGAAGAAGUAGAGGAAGAAGAAGAAGAAAAAGAAGAAAAAAGAAGAAACGAUUCGGACGAUUCUCGUUGCUUUCCUCUCCGUUCGAUCCUACCGAGGGAGAAUCUUCGUCGUCGUGGUUAAAGUUGACGCGGGUGGGUGCGCUCCUCCCGCAAAAGGGAGAAAGACGAGGAAAGAUAGCGGCGAAGAGAGACGGAAGGCACUCGGCGAAGGGGAGAAGGAAAACAUUUCGACUCCAGAGCCGGCUGAUAUAUCCGAGGACGAUCACUAUUCAAGCGCGCUCAUGAAAGACGCGGAUAAGCUGAAGCUGAUGCUGCUAGCGUGGAAUUAUAAUCUUCAACAGCAGGCUCAGGCACAGGCACAGGCACAGGCACAGGCGCAGGCUGCGAACGCGGCCCUCUCGCCAAAUAACUCUUCGACAACCACGGCCACCACAGUUGGCACACCUGUCACCAGCCAAUCGACUAUUUCCACGGCAAACAACACCAUUAACAACUCCACUCUUACAGACGCACGGAAUGGUUCGACAGAGUUGGUGGACAUACCGACAGGUACGGUGCCAAGCUUGGGCACCGUGGCUGGCGUUGGUAGUGAGGAUAUGGCGUCUCUAUGGGCGUCUUAUGCUAUGGGCCUGAAAAAGACACCACCACCAGCUUCCUCGGCGACGCCUUCGCGUUCUGAUCGCGAUCGAGAAUCCAGUCCGCCUGGCGAAGGUACGGGGAGUGCCCACGAUGAAACUAGUAGCAGUGGGAACAAGGAGGACGAAGAUGACGACGACGAGGAUGUCGAUGAAAGGUUGGAUCCCAGACAUCACGAUCCCGAACGUCUUAAAGCGUUCAAUAUGUUCGUGAGACUUUUCGUCGAUGAGAACCUCGAUCGUAUGGUGCCGAUCUCGAAGCAGCCCAAGGAAAAGAUACAAGCCAUCAUCGACAGUUGCACCAGACAGUUCCCAG